AUGAAGAACAACAGUCUUACAACAUUGUCCAAAGGUGUUUUCAAUGGUCUAGAAAAUCUGCAAGUAUUACAUUUAGGCUCAAACAAACUGAACAAUCUUGAGGCAGGUUGUUUCAAUGGUUUAUCACGACUCGAAGACCUUGAUAUGAGCAACAAAAGCCUUACAACAUUGCCCACAGGUGUUUUCAAUGGUCUUGAAAGCCUUCAGAAACUGGAUUUGCAUUUAAACAAACUACAAAAUCUCGAGUUAGGUUGUUUCGAUGGUUUAUCACAACUGAAAAAGCUUGAUAUGAGCAACAACAGUCUGAGAAAAUUAUCCGAAAGUGUAUUGAAUGGUCUUGAAAAUCUUGAGAAACUAUGUUUGGAUUCUAACAAACUAGAAAAUCUCGAGUCAGGUUGUUUCGAUAGUUUAUCACAACUUAAGUGGCUUAAUAUCUGCAACAACAGUCUGACAACAUUAUCCGAAGGUGUAUUUAAUGGUCUUGAAAAUCUUGAGACACUAAGUUUAGAUUCACAUGAACUGAAAAAUCUUGAGGCAGGUUGUUUCAAUGGUUUAUCAAGACUUGAGGGCUUUAGUAUACGCAACAACAGUCUUACAACUUUGUCCAAAAGUGUUUUCCAUGGUCUUCUAAGUCUCCGGAGACUAUAUUUAGAUUUAAACGAGCUACAUAAUCUUGAGUCAGGUUGUUUCAAUGGUUUAUCACGACUUGUCGAUCUUAAUAUGAACUUCAACAGUCUUACAACAUUGUCCACAGACCAACUGAUUUACCUUGAGCCAGGUACUUUUGAUGAUUUAUUGAGGCUCGAAUAUCUUUAUAUCAGUCGUAACAAUCUCGGCACGUUAUCGAAAGAUAUAUUUAGGAAUUUAAAAGAGCUCCAUCAUCUUAAUUUAUAUUCAAACGCAUUGAACAAUCUUGAGUCAGGUUGCUUCAAUGGUUUAUCACAACUUGAGAAGCUUGAUCUUGGCCACAACAGUCUUACAACAUUGUCCAAAGAUGUUUUUAAUGGUCUUGAAAGUCUUCGGACACUGUAUUUAUAUACAAACAAACUAGAGAAUCUUGAGUCAGGUUGUUUUAAUACUUUAACACGUCUUGAGAACCUUAGUAUGCACAACAACAGUCUUACAACAUUGUCCAAAGAUGUAUUUAGUGGUCUUGAAAAUCUUCAGAACUUAGAUUUAAAUUCAAACACAUUAAGCAAUCUUGAGUUAGGUGUUUUAGGUAAUUUAUCAAGACUUCGAGAACUUAAUCUCAGCGACAACAAACUGAAAAAUUUAUCAAAAGAUAUAUUUAUUGAUCUACGAAGACUCCGUAAACUAAAUUUAAAUUCAAAUGAACUACAAAACCUCGAGUCAGGUUGUUUCAAUGGCUUAUCACAACUUAAUCAACUUGAUAUCAGCAAUAACGAAUUGGCCAGUUCAUCAGAAGAUAUAUUCAAUGGUCUCUCAGAAUCUUUAUCUUCUCGAUUAAGAUCUGAAUUAAAUCAUUGA